AUGUAUGUUUAUUGCUUCCGUAGAUUCUUUCCCAGUGAUUGCCAAUUAACGCCAAGAUGUCAUCGUCUAAUAGUAACGACCUCCUCAGCCUGGCCGAAAGAGGACCGUGAGGGCUUCCUGCGUGACGUCAUCACCAGCUUCUAUAAGAGAAUUCCCUUCCAGAGUGUGACUGCGAUCGCCACGCCCAAACCAGAUAGGCGCGCUUUGACCUUCCCAGAGAUCAAGAUCAACAUGAUGACCCGGAAGGGCGGUUUCUGUUACGAAUUGAACCACUUCGUCAGGGUACUGUUAGAGAAGCUUGGAUUCGAGGUGUACCACAUUGCAUGCACCGUUAAAGGAAUGCCCCAAUGUCAUAUGGCAAACGUGGUCAGAAACCUGAACCAACCGGGCGACCUUCAUCUGGUAGACAUAGGAACCGGUUAUCCCUUGUUCAGACCCAUCCCUCUAAACUUUGACAAAGAGUCACUUGUGUACAAGGACAGCUUCCUGUUUUAUAAGUUUGUGAAAGAGGCCGAUGGCAGCGUCCGAUGGAUGCACAGAGUCUACCGGGAAUAUGACGACUUCCCGCCGGAAAAUGUCCUGGAAGAGUGGUACACGUUCAAUGUGUUCAACCUGGAGUUCCGGGAUAUCGAAUUUUUCGCAGAGAGCAUGGAGAGCGUCCAUACAGUGGAGGGCGACCCACAGUCCUUGGCGCAUUUCUUGGUCAGCCUGAGGGCGAUAGACUUCCGCAACGGGAAGCUCUUCGCCAUCAAGGAUACCACCAUCUUGGAGGAAGACGCUAGCGGUAAGGUGAACAAGAAGCGCCUAUCGUCCCCACACGAGCUGCUGGAGGCGUACAUGGUCCACUUCCCACAGUUUCCCACAGAGACUGUACAGCAGGCCAUGAAGACUGUCACACUCACAUUUGAAGGCUAAAUUUGUCAAUCGAGUCACGUUACUGACUCAAUGAAAUUUUCUGUAACUAAACGACGAUAUUUACUCGGUUUGAUCAGUUAAUUAUCUCAAUUUGAGUAUCCUGUCAACGGUUUAUUAUUAAAUGGACACCUGCAAUUUUUAAUGUUGGGAUCUAGGGAUUUCCCACUCUAUUGCAUUUAAUCAACGUGUAUUUCCAUAAGCCUAAAUGCUACAACUUUCAUAAAAUAAUGUAACAAAGUGAACUAAUAAACAAUAUUAGUAUGAUUAUACAUGUACAUGUAGAUGUAGAUAGAUUAGAGAGAAAGAAGAAAAAUAAAACAAUAGGUAGUUAUUUGGGCUUGUAUUAAGCUGACUUGACAAAACAAAACCAAAAUGACAACUCAAAACAUGCAUAGGUAGACUAAUAAUGGGACAAACAUAAUUUCAUUACACAUGAGAUGAAUGUAAAUACUGAGGGACAGAAAGUCAGGUAACCUUUAAACUUUAUUUGCCUAUGAUCACGAGCUGAAUUAUAAAACCCUUGUCUCGACGACACUCCCGUCAGCCGGAAGUGACUUAAUACAUUGUAUACAUUUGUAUAAAUUGCACUUGAAUAUAUUUGUAUACAUCGCACUUGUAUCGUCGAUACAUUGCACUUGUAUCAUUUUGCAACGUAUUGUUUUCGGAGGCAGUUCCCACGCUUGACUCCUGCAGCUCGUAAGCAUGGUGACCGUUGUAGACAAUUUUCGGCUAUAUUUAAGAUGAAAAAAUUGUGUGACACAAAAUUUGACAGAAUGGAUUUUUUGUUUGGCAGAUUUCUGGCAGAGUUCUGAAAACUUAGUAAUUUGAAAGAAAAACAUAGUAAAUUAGGUUUGAUGACCUAGGUGCGAAGCGCGUGGCGUUUUCAAUAACAUCAUUAUAAUAUGAUUGAUUACAGCAGCUGCUAUAAAGUUUUGUGUAAGUGCUGCUAUACUGCGUCAUCCCGUAUAUGGUGUUUUAAUUAUAAAUCUGAUUUGCCAGCUUGGCAUUGUGGAUCUCACUAUCUCAAUCUCAUGGGAAAUAUUUGUAUAAUUACCUGUUCAUCGAAAUGAUAAUGACUAAUUAUUAGUUUAUGGCAAAUAAAUGCGAAAUUGCAACAUGCAAA